UCUAGCGCACAUAACCCUGCCUGCUCAUCUUAAAUUUUAAGAGACUUCAUGGCCAAUGACAUAGAUUAAUACUUAGAAGCAUUCUUGUCGGCUGCAGUUAGCAAACUGGAAAGGAUACUGAAAUUGAAAUUGAAAUUAUUCGCCCAGUUGAAAAACUAGCAUAACAAUGUGUUCCAACAUACAGCCUUUAAACUUGACUAUCCAAUUAAACGCAUCUUCAAAGUUUUCAGGAAACGUAUCCAGUCAAUUCAUCCAGGCGUCAUGGCAAAUCGGACUUUGGUCUAUUGCUUAUGGCUCUAUAGUGGCUGUAGCAGUCUUCGGCAACUUGAUUGUCAUUUGGAUCAUUUUGGCACACAAACGGAUGAGGACUGUCACCAACUACUUUUUGUUGAAUUUGGCUUUUUGCGAUGCCUCCAUGGCAGCAUUCAACACUCUGAUCAAUUUUAUAUAUGCCCUUCAUAAUGAGUGGUACUUCGGCCAAGCAUACUGCAAGUUUCAGAACUUCUUCCCCAUCACCGCUGUCUUUGCCAGCAUCUACUCUAUGACGGCUAUCGCUGUGGACAGAUACAUGGCAAUCAUUCAUCCUCUGAAGCCAAGACUGUCAGCAACUGCAACCAAGGUGGUGGUAUUGUGCAUCUGGAUUUUGGCAUUUGCACUUGCUUUUCCAUUGGGUUUCUACUCCAAGACUGUGCAAACACCACAGAGGACACUUUGCUAUGUUGAUUGGCCUCGGCGUUUUACGGAUCACUUCAUGUAUCAUACUAUUGUUACUGUCCUGGUUUAUUUAAUCCCUUUGGUUAUCAUGGGUAUUACAUACACCAUCGUAGGUAUCACCCUAUGGGGAGGAGAAAUCCCUGGAGAUACAUCUGACAAGUACCACGAACAGCUUAAAGCUAAGAGAAAGGUCGUAAAAAUGAUGAUCAUUGUUGUGGUGACAUUUGCAAUCUGUUGGCUACCAUUUCACAUUUACUUCAUAGUCACAGGAAUAUGCACUCAACUAAUCCAUAGAAAGUACAUCCAACAAGUUUACCUGUCAGUGUUUUGGCUGGCCAUGAGCUCAACAAUGUACAAUCCUAUCAUUUAUUGCUGCCUAAAUAGCAGGUUUAGAGCAGGUUUUAAAAGGGCAUUUCGUUGGUGUCCGUUCAUUGAAGUGUCCAGCUAUGACGAACUUGAACUUAAAGCAACACGCUUCAAACCAACACGCCAGAGCAGCAUGUACACCGUCUCCAGGAUGGAGUCCAGCAUGACAAUUGUGUUUGAGCCUAAUGAGGGAGAAAACUCGGCCCCAUCAAGAAAGAAGAGUGCCACAUCCCGAGAGACUAGCCUCAAUGGCUGUUCUGGUAACAGUAGUAAAACUUCCAGGAGCUCAAGUUUUUACAGUACAACCAACACUUCGCUAGAAGAAUAUUCCUGAAGAGUUUUGGCAGACACAACUUAAAACUGGAACAGCCUGAGUAAACAGGUACCAUAGACCAAGAUGUGUCUGCAAGGCAGACUUUACAAAGUGAUUUGAAUGUGAACGAGCCACAGCAUGAAGAACCAUAUGUUAUCUGUCUGGACUUUGUGUCAUCAUUUAAACACUAAAACUUACUUCUUAAGCAAUGUCAUCACUAAAAGAAACAAAGUUGAUUAUACAAUAAGGUAUGUCUUUUAGAAGUCAGUUCUUUUUAACUAUA